AUGUCAAGUACUUCUCUCUUUAAAUGGAUGGGCCUGGGUCAACAGGCAGGCAAAGCAACAACAGAACAUGAUACCAUUGACGAAGGAGAACGUUAUUUCGGCCUAGAAAACUUUGGUAACACUUGUUACAGCAACUCUGUAGUACAGGCACUUUAUUACUGUAAACCUUUUCGACAAUGUGUUUUAAACUUUCCACAAGCAAGUACAGCUCAGCUAUCCACACCCAUGACAGCCAGUUCUCCCAUGGUCAAUACCGUGGGUCAUUCUUAUUUCCCAUCCACAAGCUCUUCCUCCACCUCAUCCUCUCCAGCCAUUAAUGGCACAGGAAGAGUCAAUGGCACAAGUACACCAGGCAAAGAUACCACCGCCACCACCAGCACCAACAAUAAUAACAGUAAAUCGCGUGGUAGUGUCAACGGCCACGUUCCUAGUACACCUACCAUACCUAUCGAAAAAGACCAGAAUAAUUUCAAUAUCGCUCCUGGCAUGGAAGAUACUUUAUUUUCUUCAUUAAAGGACUUGUUUUGGAAGAUUUCUACACACAAGAAAAAAACUGGCGUAAUUGCACCCGUCAAUUUCAUCAACAAGGUCAAGAAAGAGAAUGAAUUAUUUCGGUCGAGUAUGCAUCAAGAUGCUCAUGAAUUCUUGAAUUACACUUUGAAUACAAUUGCCGAUGACGUUCAAAAAUAUCAACAAAGAAUCGCUAACGAACAAUCAAGUAUUCACAGCGGUAGUACUCAAAAUGAUACAGAAACUUCAGCCAAUCCUUCCAAAUUAAAACCCACUUGGGUCCAUCAAUUAUUCGAAGGUGUCUUUUCCAACGAGACCAAAUGUUUAUCCUGUGAAACUGUAACAAGCCGAGAUGAAUCAUUCAUGGAUCUAUCCAUCGACGUCGAAAUGAAUUCUUCCAUCACCUCUUGUUUACGUCAAUUCUCCGCAAGUGAAACUCUAUGUCACAAGAACAAGUAUUUUUGUGAUGUUUGUUCUGGUCUUCAAGAAGCCGAAAGAAGAAUGAAGAUCAAGAAAUUGCCAAAUAUUUUGGCUCUUCAUUUGAAACGUUUCAAGUAUCAGGAACAAUUACAAAAGUACAUCAAAUUAACCUACAGAGUCGUCUUUCCCUUUGAAUUAAGAUUGUUCAACACAAGCGAUGAUACGGAAGAUGCGGACAGAAUGUAUGAACUUUGGGGUAUUGUUGUACACAUUGGAAGUGGACCACAUCAUGGUCAUUAUGUUGCCAUUGUUAAAAGUAAUGGUCAUUGGAUGUUGUUUGAUGACGACGUAGUUACACAAAUACAAGAAGAAGAUAUUCAAAAGUAUUUCAGUGAUCUUCCAGGUAGUGGAUCAGGUUACGUUCUUUUUUAUCAAGCAGUGGAUUUAGACAUGGAUAGUAUCAAUAUAGCCACAGGAUUAGAGACAACAUCAUCAUCAUCAUUUGUCGGUGGAGGAAAAGAAGAGAGUACAAUUAGUAACGGCAGGCCGACAAACAUUGUCUCAACAACAAAUAAUACUAUGCCCUUGAGCCCGAUUCGAGUAGAUAGUGCUCAUGAUCAUCAUUUUGAAUCGAUAGGAUCUCCAAGAAGAGAAGAGUUUUCUCAUAUGGAUAUUCCUCCCACUGUAGAAUCAACAGCUAAUAUUGCCCAUCAUCCUCCUCCUCCUCCGCAAGAGGAGAAAAAGACACGUUGGGGAUUAGGCAGAAAACUUCGGGAAAAAAAGGAUAAAAAAUAAUAAAUUUUCCCCCCCCCCUUUUUUUUUUUUUUGUCUUGAAAUGUAAUAAUAAGACAAAUGUUACUUUGUUGUCAAUAACAAUCAAACAUUGCACCUUAUUUAUAUAUAUACUUCUUUUUUUUUUGAGUUGCCAUUUACAUCUUUUCUUUCCUCUUCAAUAAAUAAAUAAUGGGUAGCUGUUGUUCUGGUAGUUGUCAAAAUCCUUCCUCAAGUGGCUCAGGUUCUGGUCGUUUCUCAUUUGGCCAAUAAAAUUUCUGUUUUCAAUAAAUC